AUGGCACAGGAGUUCUCCCGCCUCCCAACCAACGUGAAACCCAUCAAGUACACAUUGCAUUACGAUGUCAUCGACCUGACGCGAUAUCGCUUCGAAGGCCGCGAAGAAGUGUUGAUCUCCGUGAACGCGGACACCAACACGAUCACGUGUCAUGCGAUUGAACUAUGGGUCCAUUCUGUGAAGGUGGUGCGUGAGGAUGGCACUGCCGUCACGUGCUUGGAAACACGGUUCAUCGAGGAGGACCAGACCAUCACGUUUAUCUUGGCCGAAACAUUGACUGGUGGCACAACCGCGUCGAUUCACCUGUCCUUUUCGGGGCUUCUCAACGACGCUUUGCGUGGGUUCUAUCGCAGCGAAUACGUGCAUGAAGGCACGAAGCGCAUCAUGGCAGCGUCGCAAUUUCAAGCGUGCGAUGCCCGUCGAGCGUUCGUUUGCUGGGACGAGCCCGCCAUCAAAGCCAAGUUUGAAAUCUCUAUGACGACCCCCGCGCACCUUACCGCAGUCUCCAACAUGCACGUGCUGUCCACGUCAGUGCGACCGUCCACGGCCAGCGGGCCCGAGAAAGUGUGGCGCUUUGCUGAAACACCCAUUAUGUCGACGUAUUUGGUGGCACUUGUGGUCGGCGAAUUCGACGUCGUGUCCGACUUCACGGCCGAAGGCGUGCUAGUCAACAUUUACACGCCACUGGGCAAGGGGGCGCAAGGGGAAUUUGCUCUGCACGUGGCGACCCGGUCGCUGUCGUUUUUCACCAACGCGUUUGGAUUGGCGUACCCGUUAAAGAAGCUCGACAACUUGGCGAUCCCAGACUUUGCCUCUGGGGCGAUGGAAAACUGGGGCUGCGUGUUGUAUCGCGAGACAUCGUUGUUGAUCGAGCCGGGGAAGAGCAGCAAGGCGAAGCGCACCCUGGUGGCUCUCACCGUCGCGCAUGAACUGGCCCAUCAAUGGUCAUUUGGCAACUUGGUCACGAUGGAGUGGUGGACCGGCCUUUGGUUGAACGAAGGAUUUGCCCAUUUCAUGGAGUACGACGCAGUCGACCACAUCUUUCCCGAGUGGAAGAUGUGGGAAAACUUUGUGCAAGAAGUCACGCUUGACUCGGCCUUCCGCGAAGACGCGUUGCUCAGCUCGCACAUGAUUGAAGUGGACGUGAACCACCCGGACGAAGCGGACGAAAUUUUUGAUGCGAUUUCGUACUGCAAAGGCACCGUCAUCCGCAUGCUGUGCGAAUACCUCGGCAAGGACGUGUUUUAUCGUGGCAUCCAACUCUACUUGAAAAAGUUCAUCUACAGCAAUGCGGUGACGGUGGACUUGUGGCAUGCACUUGAAGAAGCGUCGUCGUUGCCGCUCUCUGACAUGAUGAACUCAUGGACCAAGCAAACCGGGUUCCCUGUCGUGACCCUGCGCCGCACUGCCGACGGAUUUCAGUUGGCUCAAACUCGGUUUUUCUCGGACGCGUCCGUGGUCGACGCGGACGACUCCCGGUGGGACCUCCCACUGACUGGACUGGUCGAUCGAGGCCAUGGCCCCGAACUCAAGCGUCUGGGCAUCUGGUCUGCCAAGGAUCGCCCCCACCGCAACGCUGCAUGUGAAAUCCACGCCCCGCAGACGGUCGUGUCCAAGAUCCCCACCGACAGCCCAUGGGUCAAGCUCAACUGCCUCCAGCAAGGAUUCUUCAUUGACAACUACGAUGCUGACGGGUGGUACCAGCUACAGCACCCCUGCAAAGACCUGGUGCUCAGCGACGUGGAUCGCAUGUGUCUUUUGGACAAUGCGUUUGUCCUCACCCGUGCUGGCAAGUUGGACGUCGCGAGCGCUCUCAACUUUAGUCGUGCGUUUGCCAACGACCCCAGCUACCUCAUCUGGAAGUCUUUGUCGACCCAUUUGACGUUCUACGGCCAAUUGAUCCGUAAAGACGCCGCCGCCUCCUCCAAGUUGCAAGCGUACGUGCGCCAAUUUUACGCCGUGCCUUUGGCGCGGUUGGGCUGGUUCACGCAAGACUCGGACGAAGAGUCGACAGCAUUCUUCCGCAGCGAAGUCAUUCGCAUGCUGGGCACGGCCAAGGACUCUGGUGUGCACUCUUCCCAUGCCCUGCCCUCGUCUAACCCCGGUCGUCUUGCGUCUCGUGUGACGUCUGACCUGCGUGCAGUGAUCUUUCGAGUUGCCGCCACGCAUUUGCAAGAAGCAGCGUACGAGCAAUUGCGCGCGCUGCACGAAUCGUCCAAUUCUCCCGAAGUCAAGAACGAUUGCUUGGGCGGCCUUGGGGCGAUCCAGUCCAAGUGGAAAGACACCCUCGAGUGGGCAUUGAGCGGCAAGGUGAGGCCUUGUUCAGUCGACAGCUUGUUCGUGGACGAUCCUUUCUAGGUGCGUGCGCAAGACAUCCAGUACGCGUUUGCUGGUAUUGCGCGGGCGGGCGGCGCCGAGUUCACGUGGAAGUAUAUCCAAGAGAACUGGGAUCGCUUGAACGACAAGUACAUUCCAAGCAAGGUGGGUUCGCUCGUGUGUUUGACGAUUGGAUUUUUCCAAUCGGAAGAGAAAGCGAUCGAAGCAGAAACUUUCCUUCAUGACAAGAAGACAUCCGCCUACAAGCGUCGCUUGGACACGACGUUGGAAAACAUCCGCACCAAGGCGGCCUGCUAUCGCCGCGACGCGCCUCAGCUCGUCAAGUGGCUGAACAACGCGACCGCCUAGGGUCGUUCGUUUGGCUUCGUCGUUCCAUUGUUCGCAUUGUACAACGUGAUUCGACUUUGCUUUGACUCAUGUGAGAUGGAACAACGUAAUAGUGACGGACCCUC